CGUUUCCCCCCAAACGUCAAACACUGGAUUUGUCUUCCUUUCCGUCACUUUAGUUUGAAUAAAGUAGACACAUUUUGUCAAGCUAACUCGCCAAGAUGGUCCAGCGAUUGACUCUGAGAAGACGUCUGUCUUACAACACCAAGUCCAACAAGCGACGUGUUGUCCGCACGCCCGGUGGCCGCCUGGUGUACCUGUACGUCAAGAAGCAGCGCACCGUGCCAAAAUGCGGCCAGUGCAAGGAGAAGCUCAGCGGAAUCAAGCCAUCGCGGCCGAGCGAACGCCCGCGUAUGUGCCGCCGUCUGAAGACCGUGACCCGUACCUUCGGUGGCGUCCUGUGCCAUCGGUGUCUGCGCGAGCGCAUCAUCCGUGCAUUCCUGAUCGAUGAGCAGAAGGUCGUCAAGGUGCUGAAGGCCCAACAGCUCGGCAAGCCCGUCAGCAAGCCACCGAAGAUCCAGAAGACCCCGGCCAAGGCCGCCAGCAAGAGCAAGUAAACGUGGUAGACGAGCCCCUGGUGUCGUCGGUCGUGUGUUUGCAAGUGGAAGCCAAGGUGGAUGAGGAGCAGGUGUACAUUAUAAGAACAUGCUAAAUUGGAAAAAAAGAAUAAAAUCCGGUUUGAAAAAAGUUUGCGGAAUCGACCGA